AUGAUUGAAGUCCAAGACCUCAUUGUCUCCAGGGCGCAGCUUGGCUCACCGAUCCGUAGAGGGGGAGAUCCCCAAAAAGUUAUCGACAGCCUGCAAAAGCGGUACGCCCCCACCGAAAUUGUCGACGAGGUCAUUGCACUCUGGAAUGAUGCAUAUCAGACGCGUUACAAGGCCAGCCAAUUCGGCGCAAAGAUCAAUGCGGUCCAAAAAGAGAUCGGGCAGCUGAAGAAAGCAAAACAAGAUGCGGACCACCUGCUGCAAGAAAAGGCGAAUCUAGAGAAAGAGAAGAAGAAGAUCGAAGAGGAAGCCACCGAGAAGGAGAGGUUGAGAGACCGCAAGUGCAAGUUGAUUGGCAACUACGUGCACGACUCGGUGCCGGUCAAUGACAACGAGGACUUCAAUGAGGUAGUUACGAAAUGGGCACCUGAAGGCUUCACGGAAGAAAAGCGUGACUGUCUCUCCCACCACGAAGUCAUGACCCGCGCAGAAGUCUACGAUGGCGAACGAGGCGUUAAACUCGUGGGCCAUCGAGGGUACUUCCUUCGAAAAUGGGGGGUUCUGCUUAACCAAGCCCUCAUCAACUACGGCUUACAUUUCCUCGUCUCCAAGGGAUAUGAUCCCCUCCAACCGCCAUAUUUUAUGAAGGCAGAGUACAUGGCCAAGACCGCGCAGUUGGAGCAAUUCGACGAAGAGUUGUACAAGGUCAUUGAAGACAAGGACGCAGAAGACAAGUUUCUUAUUGCGACAUCCGAACAGCCCAUCUCGGCAAUGUUUGCAGACGAGUGGUUGACGGAGAAGGACCUGCCGAAGAAGUUUGCAGGCUACUCUUCGUGCUUUCGCAAGGAGGCCGGUGCCCAUGGGAGAGAUGCAUGGGGAGAAAUCCGCUCAAGUGUGCUAAUUGGCGCCGUCCAGAUCGAACAAUUCCUCUUCGUCAAACCCGAAGAAUCCUGGCAAGCCCUGGAAGACAUGAAGUCCAUUGCCGAAGAGUUCUAUCAGUCCUUGAAACUCCCUUACCGUGUUGUGGCGAUUGUCUCGGGCGCACUCAAUAAUGCGGCGGCCAAGAAGUACGACCUGGAGGCUUGGUUUCCCUACCAAAACGAGUAUAAGGAACUUGUGUCCUGCUCGAAUUGCACGGAUUACCAGACGCGGGAGCUCGAGAUUCGGUACGGACAAAAGAAAGGCGCCAUCGACGCGAGAAAGACAUAUGUUCAUGCCCUGAACGGGACGUUGUGCGCCACGGAGAGAACCUUGUGUUGUCUGGUGGAGAAUUACCAGAGGGAAGAUGGCAUUGAAGUCCCCGAGGUGCUAAGACGGUACAUGCCUCCUGGGACGCCGGAUAUCAUUCCAUACACAAAGGACUUGCCAAAAGAUACGGUCUCGACAAAGGGGAAGCAGCCAACAAAGCCAAAGACCGGAGGAGGUGCUCCUGAGGGUGGCCCCAAGCGAGAUAUGCCGGCGGUGGAGAAUGUCGCGGAUAAGAUGAAGGACAUGAAGGUAUAG